CCUUUGUCUCGUUUGUCAAGGAGAAGACACCCGAUACCGGCUCCUUUUUUUAUGACCUGUAGAACAGUCGUGUCCACAAUGACGCCUCAAGAUGUGAGAUUUGGACGUUUAAGACGGCGUUGUCACAUAAUCUAAUACUUUUAAGUCCCGAGGAGGAGAGUUAAGGUACACUUCGCCAUGUGGGCCCCGCUCCUGGUGCCGUUACUCCUGUGUGGGACAGGUGUGCUUGGGUACGACUAUCAGACAGUGUACAUGUCAGGCAGAUGUGGGUCGUCCAUCUACCUGUCUGACUCCGGCUACAUCUCAUGGAGCUCGUCUGGAAACUAUGGCAACAACGAAGACUGCACGGUGGUCUUCCAAAAUUCCAACCCUGGUGGCGUCAUAUCUCUGCAGUUCCCUCAAGUUAAUAUCGAGAACUCCGACCACCUUUUUAUCUACAAUGGAGCGUACUACAGCACACCAUCUUCCCCUUCAAGCGAUUUCGUGAACAACAACAACAUCCCCGGCACAUUCUACUCCACCGGCGACAUCAUCACCUUACGGCUGGUCUCGGAUUCGAGUGUAGGUGGAGCGUUUCAGUUGUUGUACACACGUACGGAGUUCACCCCUACGACGUCAGACCAUGUUCGACUCGUCGACGGUUCAACCACCAACGAAGGGCGUGUGGAGGUGAGGCUGACGUAUGGCGGCGACUGGGGCACAGUCUGUGACGACGGUUUUGACAUGACCGAUGCAGGCGUGGUCUGCAGAUCACUCGGCUACUCCGGCGCUUCAGACGUCCGUUCUUCCGCACAUUUCGGUCAAGGUUCGGGCAACAUUUACAUGGAUGACGUUGCUUGCACUGGGACCGAGAGCAAAUUGCGUGACUGCCCUUACUCAGGGUGGGGAGUGCAUAACUGUGGACAUGGUGAAGACGUCGGUGUUGUUUGUCAACUGCCACGUACAACGCCAUCGAGUUGCAGCGGAUUCCUCUGUAAUGACGGGUACUGCAUCUCCUCGGCUCUGGAGUGUGACGGCGUCUAUAACUGUGGCGACCAAAGUGACGAACACUGCGCCAGCAGAUUUCGGUUAGUUGGUGGCUCAACUUCAGAUGAAGGCCGCCUGGAGGUCCGACCUGUGGACAGUUUCGACUGGGGGACGGUUUGUGACGACCAGUUUGACACGAACGACGCCAAUGUCGCCUGCAGAUCGAUGGGAUACUCUCGUGCUGUUGAAUUCUUUGGGUCCGCACACUUCGGGCAAGGGUCGGGGAACAUCUACAUGGACGAUCUUCAGUGUUCUGGGUACGAGAGCAGCCUGUUCGACUGCUCGUACGCAGGUUGGGGAGUUGAGAACUGUGGUCACAGUGAGGAUGUCGGUGUCGUCUGUGGAAGUGGUGAAGACCCCAGACUUCGUUUGGUUGGCGGCUCAGGUGCACAUGAAGGCCGCCUGGAGGUUCGACCAUUGGGCAGUUACAGCUGGGGGACAGUUUGUGACGACCAGUUUGAGAUCAAUGACGCCAAUGUUGCCUGUAGGAUGCUGGGAUACUCUGAAGCCACGGAAGUCCGUAGUUCCGCGUACUUCGGACAAGGCUCGGGGGACAUCUACAUGGACGACCUUCAGUGCUCUGGGUACGAGAGCAGCCUGUUCGACUGCUCGUACGCAGGUUGGGGAGUUGAGAACUGUGGUCACAGUGAGGAUGUCGGUAUCGUCUGUGCCAGCACCGGUAUACAUGUAGAACUGAGUGGCGGUGCCAUCGCUGGAAUCGUCAUCGGUGUGCUGGUCGGUGUCGGUCUGUUGGCGGUGAUCGUCCACCACUGCAAGAAGACCAGCUCAAGCCCCACGCCUGCCAACCGAGUCAACCCCAACCCACCUACAGCGAGGGUGACCACCACGACGUACCACCGCCCUACCGUGGUGUCACAAAACCCGCCUUAUAACCCCCAGCACCAGCCGUACCCCCCGCCACAACAGUACCCUCCCCCUCCUGCCUACAACACUGCUCUGAACAUGCCUAGACAGCCUCCCAGCGGCACCACACCUUACCCCUCCAGCGGACCCGCACCGUAUUCGUACUCAUCCCAAGAUCCGGCGUAUGCCCCUCCCCCCGAACCGUUUAGAUACGGCAUGCAGUAUCGUAUCUGUUGCCAGACAGUCCGUAUUUCUGGGGCCACCAGGUACCAGACCAGCCGGAUGACAACCUACACCAUGACGGGUCGGACUCACGACGGCCGGCCGGUGUAUCAGAGCUCCCGUGGAGACUACCUGUACUACGACUCAUCUGAUACAACCUGGAAUGUUGGCCCCACCGUGGGGAGUGCUUCGGUACCAGGUUGCCGGACAGUCCGUAUUUCUGGGGCCAUCUUGUACCAGACCGACCUGAUGACAACCUACACUAUGACGGGACAGACUUACGACGGCCGGCCGGUGUAUCAAAGCUCCCGUGGAGACUACCUGUACUACGCCACAUCCGAUACAACCUGGAAUGUUGGCCACACAGUGGGAAGUAGUUUGGUGAACUUGUAUCUUCCGGGCGCUACCAGCUAUUACGCUGACGACACGUCCGGCACAUGGGAGGUGUACACCGGCAUCUACUUUCAGGCAGACAGUUUUGUGAGUGUCACCGGUACUUGUACAAAUGACAGACUUCGUUUGGUUGACGGUUCAACUACGAACGAAGGCCGCCUGGAGGUUCGCCCAUCAGGCAGUUACACCUGGGGGACUGUCUGUGACGACAAUUUUGACACCAGUGACGCCGAUGUUGCCUGUAGGAUGCUGGGAUACUCAGGAGCAACGGGAGUCCGUAGUAACGCGUACUUUGGACAAGGCUCGGGGGACAUCUACAUGGACGACCUUCAGUGUUCUGGGUACGAGAGCAGCCUGUUCGACUGCCCGUACCCAGGAUGGGGAGUUGAGGACUGUAUCCACAGUGAGGAUGUCGGUAUCGUCUGUGGCAGCUGGGGUGACUCGGUCUCGUCGGGGCUGAGCAUCGGGGCCAUCGUCGGCAUCGUUGUCGGAGUCCUUGUGGUGGUGGUGGUCGCAGGUGUUUUGGCCUGUGUUUUGUGCUGCGCCGCCUGUAGUAAAAGCGGGUCUGUAGCAGCUGCGCCACAAACCGUCAGUCUUGCCGUGGCUGCACCAACCGUCCCGCCGCCGAUGUAUUCGUCCGGCCCAGGCUACCCUCAGCCCACAGGCUACCCUCAACCCACUCCCUACGCUUCACCACAAGGCUUCCCGAACCAGCCAGCGCCGUACCCCUAUUUCAACGGGUACACCGUUCGUGCGGGAGACUGCCCUGGGAACGACAUCUGGUCUAUAUAUGGAGACGGCAUCACCCUGGGCGCAUGCGCAGAACGGUGCACGAAUCACCCUGACUGCGUCUCCUUCAUGUUUUGGAACAACAGAAGAUGUUUCCCGAAGACCCAGACAUGCGCAGAAACGGAUAAAAGCGACCCGGAUAAUGUGUUCUACGACAGAGCCGGUGUCCUGAAUACAGCUGACGCAGUAGGUUUCUGGCCAUUGAACUCACAGUACGGAGCAUCAGACGCAACAGGAAACGGAAAUGACGGAGUAGCAAGAGGAACCCAGUUAGCACCAGGUCCAAAUGGAGACGCCAGCGGCGCCUUCCUGUUUUCCGGGAGGGCAAGUUCCUACAUCGACAUCCCCAACAACGGCAGGCUGGAUGUACGGUCCUCCUACACCAUACUGGCACACAUAUAUCCUACAGGUCAAGCCGGGCCGAUCUUCAACUACGUCGGGAGCAACAAUGCCUGGGCGGUACAUCUUUGGCAAACGGCUCCACGGGAGCUGUUCAUGAGGACGGUGGGACGAGAUGGGCAUUUCCCAGUUGCCGUCGGAGCGACUGUUCUGCGGCAGAACGCCUGGAACUACGUGGGCGGAACCUACGACAUUUCCACGGGGGUGGAGUCCAUCUGGAACGACGGUGACGUGGUCGGCCAGAGGCAGAUCGGGGUCCCGUCGGUCGCAACUCAGUACCCCAUCCGGGUGGCAGUGAGAGACGGAGACGGUCGGUACUUCGCUGGCCGGAUAGGCUGUAUCCAGCUGUACGACUACGCCAUGACGAAAGAACAGAUCGUCGCAGCGCGGGAUAGGUGUGGCCAUGUUGGAGGUGAUGGAGGUUCGAGUGUCACCGAGAACACAGGUACAGAACUGAGUGGCGGCACCAUCGCCGGUAUCGUCGUCGGCGUGCUGGUCGGUGUCGUUCUGUUGGCAGUGCUGAUCCACCGCUGGAUCAAUGCCAAACCACGUCCCACGCCUGCUAACCGGGCGGCCAACCCGCAGCCAGUGACGAUGAACAACACGACGACGGUCCACCGCCCUACCGUGGUGCCACAAAAUCCCCCGUAUAACCCUUACCCCCCUCCCCCACAGUACCCACCCCCUCCCGCCUACAACACCGCUUCUGAGUCAAAGUCCAAGGUCGGAACACGAGGAGUCGCAUUUAUCGAAGAGCAAAGCGUUAAGAUGGCUCGGUGGCUGUUUGUGCUUAUUCUGGCCACACUGUUCAACAGCUCCUCUCAACAAGCCAGUAGAAUCCGGCUGGUUGGUGGCUCAGGACCGCACGAAGGUCGAGUGGAGAUUCGGACGUGGUUCAGUUACAACUGGGGGACGGUUUGUGGCGACUCAUUCGGCUUGAAGGAGGCCAGGGUUGUGUGCAGGAUGCUGGGAUAUACGGGAGCUUCGUCAUAUCAUGGCUCAGCAUAUUAUGGACAAGGCUCUGGGAACAUCUACAUGGAUGGCCUAAGGUGCACUGGGACAGAGAGUAGCCUGCUUGCCUGCUCGUACCGACGAUGGGGACUAAAUGACUGUUCUCAUAGUGAAGACGUCGGCGUCGUCUGUUCUUCCGGUUGCCCGACGGUCCGUAUUUCCGGUUCGACCUUGGUCCAAUCCAAUCGGAUGACAACCUACGACAUGACAGGAGAGUUUCGCAAUGAUCGUCCGGUGUAUAAAUCCUCUGGUGGUGAAUAUCUGUAUUCGUACUCCAACAGCCAAGGGAGGAUACGUUGGUAUGUUGGUCCUACUUUGGGGGACACUGUUGUAGGAUUAUAUGUAGCAAACGACACCAGCGUCUACGCGGAAGACAUCACUGGGACCUGGCACCUGUUCAGCGGCAACGGAUUUUUUCCACACAGUCGUGUGAAUGUCACUUGCGUCGACGUCGCCAACAGAAUCCGGUUGGUCGGAGGAUCAGGACCGCACGUAGGUCGUGUGGAGGUUCGGCCGUCCUACAGUUACAGCUGGGGGACCGUUUGUGACGACUUAUUCGGCUUGAAUGACGCCAGGGUUGUCUGUAGGAUGCUGGGAUAUACCGGAGCUUCGGCAUAUCAUGGCCGGGCGUAUUAUGGACAAGGCUCGGGUGGCAUCUACAUGGAUGACCUGGAGUGCACUGGGUCGGAGAGUAGCCUGUUUACCUGCUCGUACCGAGGAUGGGGAGUAAAUGACUGUACUCACAGAGAAGACAUCGGUGUUGUCUGUUACACCUCUUCUAACGCUACUACGGCGUUGCCUCUUACUCUUCCUCUGUUACCCCAAACAUCUAGACCUGGAAAUGUAGGAUGCUGGGAUAGUACGGGGGCGUCCGCAUAUCAUGGCUCAGCGUAUUAUGGACAAGGCUCUGGGAACAUCUACAUGGAUGACCCAAGGUGCACUGGGACGGAGAGUAGCCUGUUUGACUGCUCGUACCGAGGGUGGGGAAAUUACAACUGUGGUCACCAUGAAGACGUCGGCGUCGUCUGUUACACCUCCUCGUCCACUAGUGAUGGAGGCUGUCGGACUGUCCGUAUUGCUGGGUCGUCUACGGAUCAGACAUCGCGGAUGACAACCUACACCAUGACUGGAAAUCUUUUCAAUGAUCGUCCGGUGUAUAGAUCCUCACGUGGAGACUUCCUCUACUACUACACCCAAGGGGCGGUACGCUGGCAUGUUGGCCCAGGUCUGGGGAGUGAUGUGAAGGCAAUGUACCUACCUAGGGACUCGAGUAUCUUCGCAGACAGCACAUCGGGGACCUGGUACUUGUCCGAUGGCACCGACUUCCUUCCAAACAGUCGCGUUACAGUCAGCUGUGUCGAUCCAGGUGCUGUAGUAAGCGGUCAAUGGUCGAACUGGGGCAGCUGGGCGACAUGCCAUAGCUACUGCACCUGUGGUGACGCGUCUUGCGUGACAAAUAGAGUCCAUCGUACCCGCCAGUGUAUCACUCCGCCUCCACGAAACGGCGGCUCCGACUGCAUCGGGAACUCCACGCAUUCGCGACUGUGUGCCUGCCUAGCCAACAGAAUCCGGUUGGUCGGAGGAUCUGGACCGCACGAAGGUCGUGUGGAGGUUCGGCCGCCCAACAGUUACAGAAUGAGAUGGGGGACCGUUUGUGACGACUCAUUCGGCAUGAAGGAGGCCAGGGUUGUCUGUAGGAUGCUGGGAUAUACGGGGGCGUCCGCAUAUCAUGGCUCAGCGUAUUAUGGACAAGGCUCUGGGAGAAUCUACAUGAAUGACCUAAGGUGCACUGGGACGGAGAGUAUCCUGUUUGACUGCUCGUACCGAGGACGGGGAAAUUACAACUGUGGUCACCAUGAAGACGUCGGCGUCGUCUGCUACAACUUCUCUUCCACUAAUGAUGGAGGCUGUCGGACUGUCCGUUUUUCUGGGUCGUCUACGGACCAGAUAUUGCGGAUGACAACCUACACCAUGACGGGAAAUCUUCUCAAUGAUCGCCCGGUGUAUAGAUCUUCACGUGGAGACUUCCUCUACUACUACGCCCAAGGGGCGGUACGCUGGCAUGUUGGCCCAGGUCUGGGAAGUGAUGUGAAGGCAAUGUACCUACCUAGCGACUCGAGCAUCUUCGCAGACAGCACAUCGGGGACCUGGUACUUGUCCGAUGGCACCGACUUCCAGCCUAACAGUCAUGUGACAGUCAGCUGUGUCGAUCCAAGUGCUGUAGUGAACGGUCAAUGGUCGACCUGGGGCAGCUGGGCGACAUGCCAUAGCUACUGCACCUGUGGUGACGAUUCCUGCGUGACGAAUAGAGUCCAUCGUACCCGUCAGUGUAUCACUCCGCCUCCGCGGAACGGCGGCUCCAACUGUGUCGGGAAAUCCACGCAUUCGCGACUGUGUGCCUGCCUAGAUAUUGACGAGUGUUUGGACAAUCUGCUUAACAACUGUGACGGCGACAGUGGUGCGACAUGUGUUAACACCCCAGGAGGGUAUUUCUGUGAAUGUGGCGAUGGGUACGAAAUACAGGCUAAUGGAAGGACUUGCCAAGAUGUUGACGAAUGUGCCAAUGGCCUGUGUGAGAACGGCAGAUGUGCGAACUCUCCUGGGAGCUACAGCUGUACCUGCAACAGUGGCUAUAGGAAGAACCCGACAACACAGACAUGUGAAUUCGAAGGUGAAGGUGAAGGGGAAGGUGAAGGGGAAGGCCAAGGUGAAGGGGAAGGCCAAGGUCUGUCUACUGGGUCCAUCGUUGGCAUCUCAUUCGGGGUCAUCAUUCUUGCUGUGCUGAUGAUCAUCGGUUGUUACCGCUACAAGGUCAGCAAGAAAGACGGCUCUACCACAACUGUUACACUAUCCUGCCCUCCACCGAAGUACUAAGGCCACACACCGAAGUACCAUAUCCAAACAAAGAGAUAUCCAAACAAAGAGAUAUUCGAUAGUGAUUUGUCCACGUCAUGUAUAAGAUCAUCAAAACCAGCUUAUACUCUAAAAGUGAAUCAAACCCAAUGUUUAAGGUGCCGUUUGUGUGUGUCACAGUGUGUGUGCGUGUGUGUGUGUGGACAGCAUAACUCGAGAAGUAUGGAACUUUGUGUCAAGCGAAAGUUCUGGAGAGAGAGGGGGGACCACAUGGUGGCUUACAGUGGUACUGCAGCAGAACUUUUGGUUCUCACAUACUAGUAGAAUAAAUUGACGUUUGGUUGUAUAUUGCGGUGUCGCAGAUUCCAAGUAUCUUUUAGAUUUAUCAACUUGGUCAUGUAUAAUCGCUUUUAUGUCUUGUUUGACGACGUUUGCAAUUAAUAAAUCUUACAAUAUAAGGUGCUGGAUUUUAAUUUUGCAUUGCAAUCUUUAUUGUGCUUAUUCUUGGAUGGCUUUCUUUACUAAUUACCCUUAAUUGACGUGUUAAGUUCAACCGGUGAAAUGGCUGUGUUACCGGACCCAAGGUACAGACUGAACUUGUGUAAUUGCGUCUGAUAUGUUGAAAUAGAUAAUAAACAGCUACUGCAGAUAUACUAAUGCAGAUUACAUGUUUAUCAGUCAAUCGUCAAUGAGAAUGAGGAUAAUAAAGAAGGAUAAA